UUACGAGCGAGCACACGCAGCGCUCGCUUCCCCGGUCCGUGUCCGUUGUAUGUCCGUCGCGAGUGCGUGCUCACGUGCCUCCCGUGGCGUAUUCCUCGCACCGUGCCUUCCAAGCCGCCAAGAUUCGGGUGAAGAACCGUGAGCCGGUGCCGGCGUACGCCAUGGCCGACGCCGACCGUGAUUCGGACCUUGGCGACGACAGCCCUGUGAUUGCUGGUCUGGCAGUAAAAGAACGAAACGGAUUCUCACUCAAUUCCGCGCGGUCCGAAGGGGAGUCUUCAGGAGAACAAUCCUGUGAGAGUUCAGACGAGGGCGUCGGGCGUGACGCGCCAACCUCCCACCCUCACCAACCGCAUCAACCGCUGCAGUCGCAUCAGUCGCUGCAGACGCAUCAGUCGAUGCAGCACCAGCCCAGUCACAACCUGAGCCACCACAACUCGGUGCCGCAUCAACCGCUGAAUAGCCAUCAGAUGUCGCAUCAGCAUCAGAGGAACUCGCCGAGACCUCUUGAGAGGGAACUUAAAGUGCGUGAUGACUUCGAGUCUCUCAAGUCUUCUCUCCACCCCCACUUAUCAUCACUGGCUUCGCUAGCUCAGGGGGCUCCCCUAUCGACCCCCAACAGUGUGUUCGCUCUAACGGGCGCGGGGGCCACUGGGGGCUUUCCCUACGCUCCCCCGGCGUUCCUGGCCCCUGCUCCCCCGCCGCCGGCGCAGCCUGCAGGCUCCGCGUCUUCCUCCUCAUCAGAAGGCAGUGCAGCUGGAUGGAGCUUCGAAGAACAGUACAAGCAGGUCCGUCAGUUGUACGAGAUCAGCGAUGAUCCACAAAGGAAGGAAUUCCUGGAUGACCUGUUCUCCUUCAUGCAAAAGCGAGGCACUCCAAUAAACCGGCUACCAAUAAUGGCGAAGUCAGUACUAGACCUGUAUGAGCUUUACAACCUGGUGAUUGCUCGCGGAGGCCUGGUGGAAGUCAUCAACAAGAAGCUCUGGCAGGAGAUCAUCAAGGGACUCCGGCUGCCUUCUUCUAUCACCUCUGCUGCCUUCACGCUGCGCACACAAUACAUGAAAUACCUGUACGACUAUGAGUGUGAGAAGAAGAACCUUUCGACCAGGAGUGAGCUGGACGCGGCUAUAGAAGGCAACAAGCGAGAGGGUCGUCGUGCCUCAGGGCAAUAUGAUGCGCAAGCUGCUUUGGCUAUGCCGCCUCUAAACCGCGUGCCCGCAUCACUUGCCCAACUGUCACAGCAUAUGCAACCGCUGUCGCUGUCGCUCGGGGGCGUGGCGCCGCGACUACCACCGCUGCCGCCGCAUGCGCCGCACAUCGCGCAACACGACAUCGAGUAUAGAGUGCGCGAGUAUAUGAAGAUGAUUCAGCAGCAGAGGGAGCUUAUGAGAAAUGGUUCCGAAUCCCCCCCCAGCAAUGGUCCAGCCCCGAUAAUGUCACCGCGCGACGCAGCCGCUCUGAGCGCCAUCGACGUCUCCCGCUUGACACUGUGGUCUUUGUAUAACAACAACAACAACAACAGCCCGCAACCAGACCUUGAGCCUCAACGCGAGGCUCUGAACCUAAGCGAGAGCCCCAACUCGCAGACGAGCGGAGGCAAGCGCGAGGCGUGCCGGUCGCCCGCGCCGCCCGCCAAGCGCCGCACUCCUCGGCCCGCGACGCCGCCGCACAGCCCGCCGACGCACCGCGCGCGACGUGACGUCACCUCGCCGCCGCAGCUCAACGGCAUGCCCACUAAUGGUGUUAAUGGUGCUGCCUUCAAAAUUACUACCAGAGGAGACGCGAGCACAGGAGACCAGCAGCUGGUGGUGUCCAUAGAGCUGAACGGCGUCACGUACGAAGGCGUUCUCUUCCCCUCCGGCAACGGUCAGAACGGCCAUAGACAAAUGGUCUCCUAAACCACAGCAUAGUAGCGUAGUUAGCUGCGGUUUCAAGCAUCUAAUAUUUCUGAACAGCCUUUAAUUCCAGAAUAAUGUUUUUGGAAAAUUUUCGGCUAAAAUUAUUAGUUUUCAAGUAUCUUCAGGGAAAUGUUGCUAUCAUACAUAGAAUGUUGACGAAUUGUCCAUGUUUAGGAGUAGCGUAAGGUGAGGGGAAAGUGAUAACUCUGUAUUGGGCUCCCUUCAUAGUUUACCAUUCCAUCGUUACAUUUUAUUGUAAAAUGUAUUAUAAUAUUGGAGAUUAUUUCAUCAUCUUCCCAGUCCCACAUCUCCUCGCCCUCCUCUUCACAGCAUAGGCAGUCAGCUUCGUCAUCAGACUGUGUAUUUGUAGUUGAGUUCACGUCUUGAUUUCCUAAACUAAUUUAUAAACUAAAAAUACCUAUUGAAUUUUAUGGAACAAUCAACAUCUUUAGCUUCCACUAUGAAAUAGUAGUAAUAUCCUAAAUUAGUCUGAUGUAAACUCAACAGAAACUUUGUCAAUCUAAAUUGACGUAACUUUUAAUUUCUCUGAAAAGUAGGUAUUCGGGACUUGAAAUCGUAAAAUUAAAAAAUAUUGAACUCAAAUUAUUCGAGAUAAGUACAAAAUUUUCACAUUACGGAUCAUCCAAUAGAGAUAUUAUCGUACUUAGUUAUUUUAAAAAUGUGAUUAAGAUUUUUUAUUUGAUUUUUUUUUCAAAGUAUUUAUAGUUCUCAAAAAGAAAUUACACUGCCUAAGAAGAACGUGGAAUUAUUUGUAAAUAAAAAUAAAAGAAUAAUUUCAUCGCUGUUCUUUAAUGGAUGUUUUGUAUGAUAAUUUUAAUACAUUUUUAUGAUGUCAUACGGCAAUGACAAUUUGUGUAAAUAUAGUUUUUAGUUAUUACGUUAUUUAUAAUUUGACAGAUGUGUGAUGAGUGGACAGCGCGCGUUUGUUCUUGUGUUUGCCUGAAACGGAACGUGACAGAAUACAUUUUUAGAUUACGUUGUUUUAAGUAUAUUCAGCUGCAGAGUGAGUGAGCAAAUUGGAAAUGCAAAGUGCCAUUGAGUGAGUUAACUCUGAUAUAUGGGUACUUAAUUUUGUACUUAUAAUUUGUUUCCUUAUUACUACCAGCCGCUUUUCUAGUGAAAUAUUAGUUGUAGCAUUAUAAAUGUAUGCAAACCGAUUAACGUGACAAGUAAUUGAAAUAAGAAAUGUGUUUUUAUACGUAGUGUGUGCUACAGCUAAUAAGGUCUGUUAUCUUCCAUCAACUGUCAGGUGACGUAAUCUAAAUAUAUUUUUUGUCGUUAUUGUAUAUUAUUGUAAAUAGAGAUAUAUUGUGUGGAAGUAGUGCAGUUAUACACCGUGUCGUAAGUUUGUGAUUUUUGAUUCAAAAGGUGUAUGUUAAUUUUUCUAUGAAGAUGUCAGUAUUGUACUUAGUGAGUAGGUAUUUAUAAAUUGUCGAUUGAAACUCUGUAUACUUUGAAUGGGAGAUACUAGCCUACUGAUGAAUGGAGCAGAAUCUGUCGUCAAGUAGGCUAUUUACUGCAAGUUUUCCACGAGAAAAUUAAUAAGUUAUUUUAUGAAUAAAAUAACAAAUAAAACAGUGUCUUCCUCAUUCAAAGUAUACGUUGUUUCUCUUUGAAAUAUUAUAGAAGUAAAAAUAAUGAAUGUUACUAAAUAACUGAGGUACACGUUUUUUACAUUUUUUAUUUCAGAUUUUCCCAAUUUUUGUUUAUCAGAUUAUUUCAAGGGAAAUAGUUUGGUAAAUAAAAAUUGCGAAUCUGAAAGUAAUUCUCGAAUAGGCGUUUGAUAUAGUCAAACGAUAUUAUUAAUUUUAUUGAUGAAUAAUUCAGACAGAAGUACAUUUUUGGACGAUAUUUCGGGCUACUUAAAUCCGUUCACAAAUAGUUCGUUAGCAUCACAACAUGCCAUUUCUUAGUUAAGUGUAAUUUUAAUAAGUAAUCGAAUGAAAUGUGUCCGUUUGUUCGCAAUCGAGUCGUCGGAGCUAAGGCAGCUUGCCCUAUUCAUAAGUUUCAUAAAAUAAUACCGUAGUGCAAUAAGCGAUAUCCAAAAUUACGAAAAAAAAUCUCCAGUAAAAUAGAAGAAAACUUAUCGUAGCGUUGUUGUAAAAAAUAUUGAAAAAUGUUUUUCUUUUGUAAAUGACUGAUUUAAUGUUUUAUAACUUUAGUUAAUUUAAAGUAUUUAAUUUUAAAGGAUUAUUGUGUAAAAUUGAAGUAACUAUUAGCCGCGUAUUGGAGCUAAGUAGUGGUAGAUGUUAGUACAUUCCUGACAAUGUACAAUACUUGUUAAGAGCAUCAGUAUAUAUGUACUGGCCUACUUAUGUACAGGUAGUAAGCCAGCGGAUUACGCAUUAGCGAAUUUCGUAUUACACCAAAAAUUUUUGAUGUAUUCAAAUAAUUAUACACAAUUAAAUAAUUAUGUAUUACGAA